AUGAACAUAGGUUGUUCUGAAAAUCCUCAACAAAGACGUCUAAGACGAUGUUCUCUUCGUUCAAGAAGAGCUUUAGAAGAUGUUUAUGGUAAAGCUAAGCCAAGUUCUGUUGGGGAUGUUCAUAGACGAAGCAGCCUUGAAUCACGUUUUUGUUACGAUAAUCCUAUUCCAGAGGAGAUAAUUGAAAAGCCUAUUGGGUUGUCGUUGGCUCUGAAAAAUAAUCUAUCUUGGAGAGUCAGGGAAUCAUUGUCAAAGUACGCUGUCUUGGUUGCGGGGGAACUGGGAAUACUAUUUGUUCGGGAUGUGGGGGUCGAGGUCACCUUGGUCUUGCUUGAUAAAAAGGUUGUGUGGGAAGUGGGAAUACUAUGUGUUCGGGAUGUGGGUUGA